AUGCCUUUGACCUCUGUGGAAGAAUCACAUAUAUCACAUAUUCGAGUACUUUUAGGAGAAGUACACGAAGCUAAUCAUGAAUAUGUAUCAAAACGUUUAUGUGAACGUAUUGAUGGUCUUAUAUCAUGUAAAUUUAUUGAUGAUAAUAAUCAAGCUGAAAUUUCUUUUGAUACCAACGAACUUGACCAAUAUACACUUCUAUCAGCAAUACAACGACUUGGUCACUCUGUACAAUCAAUAAAUUCUGAAUCAGUUCAAGCUCAAUUACGCAUUGAAGGUAUGCAUUGUAAUUCAUGUGUAUCAAAUAUUUGUGGUGCAGUACUUGAUCUGCCUGGGGCUAUUGAUAUUCAAUUAACAUUUCUUGAUAAACUUGCUACUAUUAUUUAUGACCCUAAUAUACUUAAACUUGAUGAUAUUAUUGCUGAGAUUGAAAAACUUAGUUUCCAAGUUGCUGUUUCAAGUGCUCCACAACCUAAAACAACCAUGGAUAAUAAUUCAAUACAUGAUCGAAAAUCAGAAAUAUUGAAUGAAACAAAUCUAAUUCGUACAACGAAUAAAAAUACAAUUGAAGUUGAAGUCAUAUCGAAACAACCAAAAUCAACUGAAAGAUCAAGCAGAAAUUCUCAAUUACCUUUAAGUGAUGACGAAAAUGAAUUAGAAACAUGUCAUUUUACUGUUCUUGGUAUGACAUGUGCAUCAUGUGUUGAUAGUAUACAAAGAAAUUUAUCAAAAGUUGAAGGUAUUCAUUCCGUAGUGGUUGCUCUAUUAGCACAACGUGCUGAAGUUAAAUAUGAUCCAGCACAUCUUUUACCGACACAAAUAGCUGGUUUAAUUAAUAAUCUUGGAUUUCAAGCUGAAGUACUUGAAACAGUUGCACGUGGAAUGGAAGUACUCGAUGUUAAUAUCGAAGGUAUGACAUGUGCAUCAUGUGUGAAUAAAAUUCAAAAUCAUAUGAAUAAAAUACCUGGUAUUACAUCGGUCGAUAUUGCAUUACUUACAAAUCGUGGAAGAUUUCAAUAUGAUUCCAGUAUAAUUGGACCAAGAGAUAUUCUUCAUCAUAUCACAGAUGAUCUUGGUUUUCCAGCGACAGUUUUAACUGAGAAUUUAAAAUCUGAAAAUCUAGCACGUAUGCAUCGACGUAUAACACGUCGAUGGAGAGAUUCAUUUCUUAUUGCUGCAAUCUUUGGUAUUCCAGCCAUGAUUAUUAUGCUUGUUUUUAUGUUUAAAUAUAAGGAUCAUACAAAAGCUCCACAUAUUACAGCUGGUUUAUCUGUUGAAAAUUUAAUUAUGUUUUUGUUGGCUACACCUGUUCAAAUCAUUAGUGGUCGAUAUUUUUAUGUUCAAGCAUUCAAAUCAUUAAAACAUAAAACAGCUAAUAUGGAUGUUCUUGUUGUAUUAGCAACAACAAUUGCUUAUAUUUAUUCAAUUAUUGUUGUUAUAGUAAAUAUGAUCAUGAAAGUACCUAGUCCUAUGGCAUUCUUUGAUGUUUCGCCUAUGCUUUUUAUGUUUGUUGGUUUGGGACGAUGGCUUGAACAUACUGCUAAAGCUAAAACAUCAGAUGCAUUAAAAAAACUUUUAUCACUUCAACCACCACAAGGUACAUUAGUUAAAUUAGAUAGUACAGGAAAAAUUAUUGAAGAAAAAAUAGUUCUUGCUCAACUUAUACAACGUAAUGAUCUACUUAAAGUUCAACCAGGUGAAACAAUACCAACAGAUGGUCGAAUUAUUAAUGGUGUAACAUCUUGUGAUGAAUCUUUAAUAACAGGAGAAUCCAUGCCAGUUGAUAAAACUAUUGGUGCACAAGUUGUUGGUGGUACAAAAAAUCUUGAUGGUUCAAUUAUAAUGCGUGCAACACAUGUUGGUCAAGAAACAGCAUUAAAACAAAUUAUACGAUUAGUUGAAGAUGCACAAACAUCUAAAGCACCAAUUCAACAAUUAGCUGAUAAAGUUGCUGGUUAUUUUGUACCAUUUGUUGUUUCAAUUUCAGUACUUACAUUAAUUAUUUAUAUUAUUUUGGGUUAUAC